AUGAAAAUCNGGGCACAAACGACUAGAAUCUUGUUGAUGAUAUUUUGUAAUCAUAAUAAAUGGAAAGCUACAUAUUUAAUUUUAAAUGGUUUUAAUUCAGUAAAUACAAUGUCUCCAGGUGCAUUUACUCGUGUAUUUAGUACGACAGUCAACACUGUUUUUCGUCGAUUUCUUUUGGCAUUAAUUCGAGCAACGUUGAUCUACAUAAUCGCGUUUUUGUUUGUUCAUUUACCAACAUUUUGGAAUUAUAUAACAACAUUGGGAAAAGAUGAUCGAAAACGAGACAGACAGCGAAGAGUUCGAGCGAAAUUGUCUGAUGACUCGAAUCCAUCAUCACCUUAUCGAGCAGUUGAAGUUCUUGAUGAACUGCGAUCACAACCUGAAGAAGAUGUGGAAACUUUAGCGAUAAUACCUGAUCUUUGUCUUGAACGUCAUGCGGAUAAAGAAACAAUGGGUGUGAGAGAAAUUCUUGAUGUUGAAGAUGAGAAACAACCAAAUGGAAAAGUUUUCAAAAAGUAUGUUUUGGGUGAAUAUAAAUUUACGACAUAUCGUGAAGCGUGUAAACAUAUUGAUGCGAUCGGUCGUGGUUUAUUAUCCCUGGGUGCUAAACAAGGUGAUCGAAUUUUAAUUUAUUCUGAGACACGUCCUGAAUGGUUAUUAACCGCAUUCGCAGCAUUUCGACAUGGUUUUACACUUGUUACACUUUAUUCAACAUUGGGAGAAGAAGCAGUGAAAUAUGGAAUUAAUGAAUCUCAAGUGAAAAUUAUCAUCACAUCACAAGAAUUAGCAUUGAAACUUGAUAAAGCAUUGGAUCAAAUGGAAAACGUUCAACAUGUGGUUUAUUUUCCUGCAAUGGCCAAGCCAGCUUCAGUGAAAGUUCCACAGAAUAAGAAAACAAUUAACUUCAUUUCAUUGAAACAAUUAGAAGAACAAGGAGAAAAUGCACAAAUCGAUGAGACAACAUUAAAGAAACGACCGGGAAAGAAAGAUAUAGCAGUUAUAAUGUACACAAGUGGAAGUACUGGAACACCAAAAGGUGUUUUGAUUAAACACGAAAAUAUCAUUGCAGCAAUGACUGGUCAAAAGGAACGUGUUUUUCCAAUGGUGAACGUUGAUAAUGACGUUUAUAUUGCUUAUCUCCCAUUGGCACACAUUCUUGAACUUUGUUGUGAAAUUCUCGUAUUUUUCAUGGGGAUUAAAAUGGGUUAUUCAUCACCACAAACAUUAACUGAUCAAUCAACUGCGAUCAAACGUGGUCAAAAAGGAGAUUUACAAAUUCUUCGUCCACAUCUCAUGACUUGUGUCCCUACCAUUCUCGAUCGUAUUCAUAAGGCAGUCAAUGAAAAGAUUAGUCAAUCUAAUUUCGUUACACGACAAUUAUUUCAUUUAUCAUAUAAAAUCAAAGUUAAACGCUUAGAACUCGGCCUGGAAAGUCCACAUCUUGACAAGUUGGUCUUUUCACGUUUUAAUCAAUUAGUUCUUGGUGGUCGAGUCAAAACUAUGUUAUCAGGUGGAGCUGUUUUGGGUGAAGAUACACAACGUUUUGUGCAAGCAGCACUUUGUGUGACACUUUUUCAAGGUUAUGGAUUAACAGAAACAUGUGCAGCAGGAACAAUUGCUGAUCAAUAUGAUGUUACAGUUGGUCGUGCGGGAUAUCCACUUGUUUCGUGUGAAAUUCGUUUAGUCGAUUGGAUUGAAGGUCAAUACAAGAAUACAGACAAACCAAAUCCACGUGGAGAAAUUCUUAUUGGAGGAAAAGUUGUUGCUGAUGGAUAUUUUGGUGAAGCUGGAAAAAAAGAAAAUGAAAAUUUCAAAGAAAUCGAAGGAACAAAAUAUUUUUGUACUGGUGAUAUUGGAGAAUUUUUUCCUGAUGGAACUUUAAAGAUUAUCGAUCGAAAGAAAGAUCUUGUUAAAUUACGUGGUGGAGAAUAUGUUUCAUUAACUAAAGUUGAAAUGGCAAUGAGUAAAAUUCCAAUCAUUGAAAAUUGUUGUUUAUGCGCAUCUGCCUCAUCUGAAUAUACAGUGGCUUUGAUUUGUCCAAAUACGAAAACUAUGUCGAAUUUCACUGAGAAACAUUUCGGAGAAAAAGAUUGGCAUAAAUUGGUUAAUGAUGAUGAAUUUAUUGAAUUAGUUUUGAAAGAAGUUCAACAAGCUUGUAGCAAAGGUGGCAUUGAAAGAUUUGAAACUCCACAAAAGAUAAAAAUUGUUACUGAACCUUGGACACCAGAAACGGGUCUGGUUACUGAUGCAUUAAAAUUGAAACGAAAAGCCAUUGAACAAAAAUAUAAAGAUGACAUUGAAGAUCUUUAUGAAGAGAGAAAAGCAAAACCUAAAUCAGAAACAAAGAAAAUCCGAAAGACAGAAGAGAAAAAACUAACUUCAAAUGAAAAUCCAACCGAUGUGGCAAAAGAUGUCAUUUCAAAUGAUAAUGAAAAGAAGAAAGAACUUUAA